GACAAUUGGGGACCGGAAGCUCGAGACGUAAGACGUGAGAUAGCGCACGAGACGAGAGGAAAAGAUCGAUUGAGCGCGAGCGCAGACGAGGCAAGCCGAAGAAGAAGAAGAAGAAGAAGGAAGAAGAGAGACAGUGCUUGAUAGAGUGAUAGAAGCCCGCUCGGGACCGAGGCAGGGUCCACGAGGCCGAGGAGCGGUACCAUGAUACCAGCUCGUCGAUGCUCGCAGUUGGGCUCGAAAAGAACCCUCCUCAUCCACCAAGGGCCGGGCGCUCAAAAGAUGAAAGAGUAGCGCCACUGGGCCCGACUGGAUCUCGACCCAGGCCACUGGACGAGAAGAGGUCUUCGCGUAGCUUGCUCGGAUACUUGACGGCCUAUCUGCACAGAUUCCGAAGUGGGCAACUGUCUCUCUGAUUGGACGUUGUGACGCUUGUUCUCGAUCAACAUUUCUUCUGGAUAGCAUACUGCCAAUAUUACCACAUGAAUGUGCAUUACCGCAAGCGCAUGCAUGUGCAGCUCUACGGGAUCCUGCACAUGUAGCCACUUCUUUAGUCAACAGUCGAGUAUCAAGAUCUGUGAACUAUGUCAUCGCUUUGCCACUCGACGACUCGACUAGCUAGCUUCAUCAGGUGAUAGGACAUUGGUCAUGACAACUCACAAAUUGCAGUAGCAAAAUCUUCACGCAUGCACAGCACUGUGAGUUGGCGGCCAGCGCCCUCUGGAUGUAUGUCAGGCACUUUGAACGACGUGUUGAUGUUCACAAGUAGAAAUCGACCGGCAACGUUGGAGAUGUCGGAGGACAAAGAUGUAGAGGACAAGGAUUUGAAUCCCAUCGAGUGGCAGCUUCUGAGAGAUGGUGUUAAUGGCACCAACAGUCGACCGAAGCCCAGCGAUCCUGACUUCAGAUUACCAUUUGGCAGUAGUCAAAAACAGCACGUAAUGGCCCCAGCAGCACCUCAGUGGGAUAGCGCACGGAAUUCUAUGGAUGGUAGAGUUGUUGUAAACUACCUCCGAUCGUUCGGACCCGGUCGCUCGGAUUCAAGCACCUGCAGUGUCGAAGGACAGGUUAGAGGAAUUAGACGCUCCUUAGAUGGUCAUUUGCUCAGUAGUAUGGUGAAUAGGGACGAAGUCCCUGAUAGGGAGGAAGAAUUUGGAACGGAAUCGCAGGGACUCUCGAGUCUUAUUUUGGGUCAAGGCGUACAUAGUUCAGCCCAGCUCUUUGGCUGCGGCUUGGUUGUACAAUCCGCUGCUACCAAAGGACAACAGCAGGUUCACAGGGCUCCGCAUUUCCGGAACCUUUUCCCUGAGCAAUCAUCGAGCUUUUCGAGUGUGCUGACCCAGGAGAGCUUGCCCAGCGAUGUCAACGAACACAUUCAUCCCCAGAAAAAGCCAAGAAGGUACGAUUUUGUUGAACCUCUUUCUCAGGCGGAGAUCGACACGAUACGGCUGAACGAGGAGUCCCAUUACCGGAAUUCAUAUCCUCCGCGAGGUGCACCGCUCGCAGACUUUAUUGAUGCCCACCACAGCUAUAAGAUUCCCGCGGCUUCUUUUUCAACAUCUCUGCCUGACAGGCCGACUUUUACCUCCAACAUACCAUUACAGAAUCUUAGCCUUUCUAACUAUCAAGUGUCCAGUCCAUCGGUGCCACUGAAGUCCUCCUCGAAUGAUACUUCUUCGGCGAGAACUCCGCUCGUCGACUAUAGCUACUCAUCAGUCGAUACCAAGCUGCAAAACGGAAUGAGGAGCGUUGCGCGAGGUGGUCCUUUACUUUCCGGGGGAGGAGGAUUCAAACCACUGAAUCUCAUGGACGGACCGACCCAAGCAGCCGUAAGUCGAGAUUAUCUGCAAUCAGGCUCGAUGGGACAGGUCUGCUCCAUUCGCCCAACAUCCAUGGAAACUGGAAGUAGGGCUGCAUGGCCUGCAGGUUUCAUCAACUUCCCUCCUCCCACUUUGGAAAGUUCUGGAUGUGUGAUUCCAGGCAUGUCCUCAAGGCGAAGCUUGCUCGAUCUAGAUCACCAUCAUCACCAUCACCAUCAUCAUCACCAUGAAAUGGCUGCGGAAGAACGAGAGGUUCAAAGAGUUCAUCCAAUUUCAGAAUCUCAACUACGAUUGGUGAUACAAAAGCAGCUCACAACUACAGAUGUCGGUUCUCUUGGCAGAAUUAUUUUACCUAAGAAGGAAGCCGAAACUCAUCUUCCUCAUCUCCCCGACAAAGAGGGGAUUGAAAUGUGUCUGUAUGAUCAUGACGUUGAUCGUACGUGGAUAAUGAAAUACAGGUUUUGGCCCAACAAUAAAAGUCGGAUGUAUCUGCUUGAAAAUACUGGGGAAUUCGCCAAAUAUCAUGGUCUCCAGCAAGGCGAUCUGUUGCUCAUUUAUCGGCAACUUCCGGCGCGCUAUGUUUUGAGAGUCAAGAAAAUGGCGCCACCUUUGCGUCUCGUAACCCCUCCGCAGAGCAUUUCUGAGUCCGGGGGAGCCGAGGAUCUGGUUUCAGGUGCCGCUGAAACAGUAUCUUCUCGUGCACUGACCUCCUCAGCAUCUUCCAGGACUUUGAACUCCUCCUCAGCAGCAAGCAAGGAGGUUUGUGGAACAGACGUCCCCGCUUUCUCGUAUGUGGAGGCAGCCUCCAGCAAUCGUGCUCAGCUGCUUGUUGUAGAUGGACAGUCUCAGAACUUAGGCAGCUUGAAUAAGCAUCAAGGAAAGGCAUCUUCAGAUGAUCGCAAUCACAACUACAUGACGGUGCAGGGACAGAGUACUGCUUCAGACCACGAUCCGACGGAGCUGGAUGGAGAAAGUGUUUAUAACUUGGAAGAGUUUCCGAGCCUGAUUGAGGCCGAAGAAAUAAUUGACAUUUUCCCGCUGGAUAGUGACAGCAGCGAGGCUCAGCUGAGCCCGGUUGAAUCGAUUCAAGUCGUGCGAAAGACGCACCAUAUGAGGGCUGACCUAACUUAAGAGAGGAGCUUGACUCAAGAUCGAGCAAGCUCAAAAACAUCUCUCAUCUUUGGCCAGUGUGGUAAUUAUUUUCCUUCCCUGUCUUCCCUGCAGGGCCUCUGUAUCAUAACAUCAGCUCGACCCCACCUCCACACAAUGUCAUAGAGAUCUUCUUCGGUGAUGUAACACAAGAUUGAAGUAACUUCUAGACGCCUACAGGUGAGUGGGGCUCGGCUCCGGACACUUCUGACAUGAACAGUUGUCCAUGGCCACCCAAGUGAGACCACCUGUUGUUCGAACACUGACCAGUACGAGUAUGGUGGAGUCUCAAUCACGCAAGUCAUCAUCAUUCUACUAACCGGUACGAGCGACCUCACGAUCUGAUCUAGCACUCGCCUCCAGGAGCUAUAGUUAAUGGCAUUUCCUGUCCUACUUCACUUUUCUAUGAGUUCGGUUACCACAUACUAUGAUGCUGCUGCUGCUGCUGUAGACUUUACCAAGGUCUCGCCGCGACUGUUCCAGUAGUACAGUGGGGCAAGCUUCUCUUCUUUCGGAACUGGAUCCGGUCUGGGUGGUUUGGAUCAGUCGGCUGUGAGAUGACGCUCGAGACUUGAUUACACAUAAGACUCCUCCUGCCUCCCUUACAUUCAUCGUAAUUUAAUCGUUAUUUUAAACCUCCUCCUUUUCCUAUUUUAGAAGCUAAGCUAAGCUAGCUACACACUACCUACUUAGCUUGAAUUCAUUUAUUGGUUUCAAUUUUCAUACAGUAAGGUAUGUAAGUAGCGAAGGUCGUGACCACAAACUAGACUUACAUUCCAUUGUAGAUUCUUAAGACCUAAGCACACGCCAGCAGAGCUCUUUAGCCGGUGAAGGUGAACUCCGUGCCGACGUGUUGGCACUACUCUGUACUAUAGCGGAAAUGGAAACAAAUUGCAGCAGCUAGACGUUUUAGUUUUAUCUAGUUAUGGUCUUCCCUGCCCAGACCAGAUAAAAACGCCAAAAACUUAAGAUGACCAUCUCAUAGCUGGGCCUCGCACAGAUUUGCUGCGCGCUUGGACCAAAGAGUAGCGUAGCUGAUUUGGAAAUUGGUUGUACAGGAGGAUAAUUACCUAUGACUUCUUAUCGUUUGUCGAAAUUCAUGAAGUGCGUCUCUGCAUAUCUG